AUGCCUGCCUCUAGAUGCGCCAGCAAUCCUCUUGUGGCUCCAGGCCUAUUCAUAGUUGGCCUAGGGUCGCAAUAUCCGCCGUAUCUCCUCGACCAUGAAAAACUAACUUGCUUUGCCGGACGGUUUCACGAUAUCCGGCGCCCUGGUCUCCAAAAGCUGCUUCAAAUCAAUGCCUCGACAGGAAUUGAAACUCGUUCAUCAAUUCGGUCCUAUGAAACUGGAUUUGCCUGUGACCCCGUUCCGCCAUCGAUUGCUGACCUUGACGAGCUAUUUCGUCGGGAUGGGGUCGAUCUCGCAGUGCAAGCGUGCAUGAAAGCAAUGAAGGAAGCGGGCGUCCUUCCAGAGCAGAUAACACACACUGUCAGUGUAACGUGUACCAACCAAGGCAAUCCCGGGUAUGACCUCCUUGUGAACGAAAGGCUUGGUCUGCCGGAGAGAACAAGCCGUAUAUUACUCCACGGGGUAGGAUGUGCUGGCGGAUUGUCCAUUAUGAGAGUGGCUUCUCAGGUAGCUUGCGGAGCAACCAUGCGCGGAAGAAAAGCUUGCAUAUUAGUGUAUGCCUGCGAGCUUUGCACACCUAACGUUCGGCAUGACCUGGCAGAGGCAGAACAAUGUACAGAUCUCAGUAAAGUCAACAUAGCUGGGGCAUUGUUCUCAGACGCAGCGGCAGCGUUUAUCCUGUGCAACAAGACUGCACUGGAAGAAAGUAGUGCGAGUCCGAUUUUCGAGCUGAUUGAGUGGGACAAUGCUCUAAUACCGGACACUAUGCAACACCUCACAUGCUAUACGGAUCCAUAUGGCUUUCGGAGUGUUUUGACCAAAGAUAUCCCAACCUAUGCAAAGGGAGCGAUUGGGCCGAUGUUCCAUAAGCUGCUGCCAUCGUAUGAAGAACAAGUAUUAGCAGCAGAUAUACACUUGGGCAUAGACGAUUUCGAUUGGGCGGUGCACCCUGGCGGGAAAGCUCUGAUCGACGGGGUCCAAGAGACAAUGCAGCUGACGGAGGACCAGCUUCAAGCGAGCCGAGAAAUAUAUAGGACUCGAGGAAAUUCAUCGAGUCCAACCAUAUUAUCAGUACUCGACCGGCUGCGGACGUAUGAGAAGCAACGCGGUCAUGUUGUGGCGGCAUCGUUUGGACCCGGCAUGGCUAUUGAGAUGGUGAUGCUGAAGCGGUGCGAGGUUGCUGGUGGCGGACAAUAG